CCGCUCAGCACCGCUGGUCUCUCUCGAAGAGCCACGUUAUGCCGCCCAGCGACCUCUUGAGGCUGCCUGUCGACGAGCUCCGCUCCUCGCGCCUCGCCGAGCUCCUCGCGAGCAUCGACGCCGCCGACGCCGCCGACGCGCCUCUACUGACGCUGCUGUUCGACAAGGCCUUCAGCGGCGACGCCGGCCUCCAGCUCCUCCGUUCGGCGGCGGUGCAAGAGGCGCUCCGCGCGACGGCGCUCGUGCACGCCGACGACGCAAUCCGUUCCUUUGCGCUCGUGCACUGCAAGCGGCUCGCGGCGGCGGCGGCCGACGUCUCCCUCCUCGGCGCGAGCGGGGUGCUGCAGCAGAUUGCCGUGCUCGUCUCAGACGCGUCGCUCGGCGUGUCGCAGCGGGCGGUGGGGUUCUUCGUCGCCUGCGCGGCGAGCGCCGGCGCCCUCCGCGCGGUCCUCGACCACGCGCCCUCUCGCACCGCGCUCCUCGCCCCCUGCGCCGCCGCCGCCGCCGACCCAGCCGGCGGCGUUCCCGCCCUCGCGCUGCGCACGCUCGCGCUCUUCGGUGAGAUCGCCGCGAUUGGCGACGCGCAGUGCGCCAUGUGCGAGGAGAGCGGCGCGCUCGACCUCGCUCUCGCGGCAUGGAGAGGCUCCGACGAGCUGGUCCGACUCAACGCGCUGGAGGUGUUUGCCCUUCUGGCGCGCGUGCCCCGCGGCCUGCACUGGCUCGAGGCGCACGGCGUCGUGGACGACCUGCUCGCGCAGGCGCGCGGCGCUGAGGCCGACGGUGACGCGCCGAUGGCAGAGGUGGGCGCCUUUGCGGUGGCCGCGCAGCUCUGCAGCACGUGCGCUCGAUUCGCGGCGGACGGCGAGGUGGCGAGCGUGCAGCCCGCUCUGCGUGCGCUCAUCGCCGCCGUCUCGCCCUCGGCGGGCACCGCACCCGGCGACGCCCUCGCCGCGCUGGGGCUGCUCCACCUGCUGCUCCACGCGGAGGCUGUGCUGACCCCCGACGAGCUGCGCGACAAGCACGCCCUCGCCUCGGCGCUGCUCAAGUCGACGGCCGCCGCCGACGUGAUUGGCGCCGGCGCGGCGACCGUGCGCCAGCUCCGCGAGUACGUGGCGGCAGGGCCGUUUGCGGCGCAGUCCAAGGCGGAGGCGCGGCCUGAGGGGCCGCUGACGCUCUGAGGCUAGCCGACGCCCGCCCCGUGCACCCCGGACCGUCGGGAGCAGAGUGGAAGUUCCCGGGCGGCUGGAGGGUGUCUUGACAGCGCAGCUUGAGGUGCCAGCUCCUUUUCGGAGCACGUGGAGCACUUGGAGUGCAGUCGCUAACCUCACAUCCAUUUCGGACCG